GUGACUGUGUGUGAGAGAGAGAUAUGGCCCUGUACAGCGGGCAGUGUGGCCGGGUUCUCUUAUCCAGCGCUCUGGUUCCCCUGUGGAGACGGACGGCGACCUCCGGAGACCCGGUGUGUAGACUUUAUACAGGGCCAAGCCGGGGGGAACAGCAGUGCGCGUCACCUAACACCAGCGCCAACCUCACACACCGAGGCGAACAGGGAUUAACUAUAGCAGCCGGUCAGAGGCGGGUUUUGAAGGACGUCUUACCCUUUUCAGAAUUCCUCACAGACACUUUUGGAAGGAGACACAAUUAUCUGCGGAUUUCUCUUACAGAAAAAUGCAACCUCCGCUGUCAGUACUGUAUGCCAGAGGAAGGAGUAAAGCUGAGUCCAAAACAACAGCUCUUAUCCUCAGAUGAGGUGUUGACUCUGGCUCGACUAUUUGUACGCGAGGGCGUGGAGAAGAUCCGUCUGACUGGAGGAGAACCUCUCAUCCGCCCCGACGUCCUCCAUAUCGUUGCUGAAAUGAGGAAAAUGGAGGGUCUGAAGACGAUCGCUGUAACUACUAAUGGUAUGAACCUUGCCAGGCUGCUGCCCGGUUUAAAGAAAGCUGGCGUGAACUUGCUCAAUGUCAGUCUAGACACGUUGGUGCCAGCCAAGUUCGAGUUCAUCGUUAGACGAAAAGGUUUCCAUAAGGUCAUGGAAGGUAUUGAUAAGGCCAUUGAUUUGGGCUACAAUCCAGUUAAGGUGAACUGUGUGGUGAUGAGGGGUCUGAAUGAAGACGAGCUGCUGGACUUUGUGACUCUGACCGAGAGGAAGCCUCUGGAUGUGCGCUUUAUUGAGUACAUGCCCUUUGAUGGCAAUAAGUGGAACUUCAGGAAGAUGGUGAGUUAUGCAGAGAUGCUGGACUGCAUUAAGCAGCGAUGGCCCAGUCUGGAGCCGCUUCCUGGGGACGAGACAGGGACCGCCAAGGCUUUCAGAGUUCCAGGAUUUCAGGGCCAGCUGGGUUUUAUCACCUCCAUGUCGGAUCAUUUCUGUGGCUCCUGCAACCGUCUGCGCAUCACAGCCGAUGGCAACCUGAAGGUGUGUUUGUUCGGAAACUCCGAGGUGUCUUUGAGAGACUUUCUCCGCUCUGGAGCAUCUGAUGAGGAACUUCUGCAGAUAAUAGGAGCUGCAGUGGGACGGAAGAAGAAACAGCACGCUGGCAUGUUCAAUAUCUCUCAGAUGAAAAACAGGCCGAUGAUCCUCAUUGCUGAAGAGGGAAGCCGGCCUGUACCCGUGUCGAAUAGUGAGCCGAGGAGGUAUCACAUCCAUCCUUAUCGCAGACCUGUGCCAGGCCGAGUUUUGCCCCAUUUUGAGAACCCGUACUACCUACACCACAGUGGCCCGGCUAAUGAAGGCUUGAAUAGCAGCACUUUUACCACAAACGCACCAGCUUUUACAAUCUCCGGCGUCUCACACGAGAGUGAGACGCCACCAAAUGUUUACCAUGUCCAUCAGGGAAGGAGGCAGGUUUCCCCUGAGGAAUUUUGUAGCACUGCAUUUCCUGAUACCGAGUAUGCUUCUUGUUCUGUAACACGCACAGGUGAGUUUAGGCGGCUGAGACGCGCACACAGACUUGUCGGCUCUCUCAGGCGGAACGCGCAGAGGGACGUCCGGUCUUACGCCACAUCUCUUUUUAGCACUUUAAUCCCCAAACAUGUAAUGCGGCAGAAUGUAAGGGAAUGCCACAACCAAAGCAAUGCCCAAGGAGGCUUUAGUGCAUCAUAUCACACCCCGACCUUUGACCAGCUGACCCACACCGACGCGCACGGCAGAGCCUCCAUGGUGAACGUCAGCGAUAAAGCAGUGACCCGUCGUACUGCCACAGCCAGUGCCCGUGUUCUUCUAGGCUCCAAAGCUUUCAGCCUGGUCCACGCCAACCAGAUCGCUAAGGGCGACGCGUUGGCGGUCGCCCAGCUAGCAGGCAUCAUGGGUGCCAAGCAAACAUCCGGUCUCAUUCCCCUUUGCCACCCCGUGUCCCUUGACCACACCUCCGUCACCGUGGAGCUCCUGGAAGAAGGCCAUGUGGCUGUCGUCAUGGCGACGUGCCAGGCAACAGGCCGCACCGGAGUGGAGAUGGAGGCUCUGACUGCGGCGUCGGUCGCCGCCCUGGCGCUCUACGACAUGUGUAAAGCGGUCAGCCGUGACAUCGUUAUAACUGACAUCAGACUUCUGAGUAAGACAGGAGGACAACGGGGCGACUUUCAUCACACCAGCUAAUACUAAACCGCGCACAGAUGUAACCAUAGACAUGAUGUAGCGACAUCAAGCUGACAUACUGACCUGUUACGAAGCUCUUACGAAUCUUUAUGUGCCUUUAGAGUUCUUCAUCACACACUUUGUAGCGCUGA